UUUGUCAUGAACUCUGUCACACCAACAAAUACGGUCACUGUCUUCAGGGGUCAGACUGAAACUGGAUGCUACGUCUGGUCACCAUUCGUCACGAAGCUCGAAGCUCGCCUUCGUUUUGGAAAGAUUGCCUAUCGCACAGAGGCAGGCUCUGUCCCCAAUGCCCCAAGGGGCAAGGUGCCAUACAUCUCCAUCGAGGACAAUGAUGACAAGACAUUACUUUCCGAUUCUGGUCUCAUAAUCAAGGAGUUCAUCAAGUCUGGAAAGCUGGAAGACCUCAAUCGCAACCUGUCUGGCACUCAGAAACUCCAUGAUAUUGCCCUUCAGGCUUUGCUUGAGGACAAACUAUAUUUCUACGGAACACAAGAGAAAUGGGUUCAGAAUUACUAUGCAAUGCGCGAUAAUGUCCUCGGCGCACUUCCCUGGCCUGUCAGGGUCAUUGUGGGCAACAUAGUUUAUUACAAGAAUGUCCGCAACACGAUGGGCCAAGGUACUGGCAGAUUCAGCGCAGAAGAGAUCGCUGCAUUCCGUGUUGAUAUCUGGGAUACACUAAAUGCUGCUAUUUCCGAGUCCUAUGCCAAGAAUCGUGGCAAACAGGGGCCGUUUUGGGUAUGGGGCGGUGAUGAGCCCACUGAAGCGGAUGCAGUCGUCUAUGGAUUUGUUGUAUCAGGGUUGAUGUGUGGGCCUGCUGCUCCCACAACUAAAGGUAUUAUCAAGAGCCAUCCUGCUCUGAUGGAGUAUGCACGUCGUAUUCAUGAUGCGUAUUUUCCGGACUAUGAGCUUCAGGAGUAG